UGAAGCAUGCCCUCUUUUGCCAUCUUCCGGGCGGGAGGGCCCGUCGGCGCUGUCAUUUUUAAGCCUAUUCGAAUAGGGCACGGACUAGUCCACCACUUCAUUUGUACGUGGUAUAUCUCAAGCUCAAGCCUAAGCCUCAUCUUCACCGACAUUUGUUGCCAUACUCGACGCGCUCCACGAUGGCACACUCAAGAGCCUACAGUAAGGACUACGUGAUAGUAGCAGAGUUGCAGACUCCUGCUCAGGAUGAGAUGCCAGAGGUGUUCUGCCUCCCAUCUCUCAAUGGGCACAAUCUUCAUGAAAUCACCGUCGAUGAAUUGCAGCAUCUACUGUCAUCCGGAGCCCUGACAUCGGUACAGUACGUGCAAUUCUGUCUGGACAGAGUGCAGAGGGUAAAUCCAUAUCUCGAAUGCGUCAUUGAGACAAACCCAGAUGCUCUCGAGCAUGCCAAUAGCUUGGAUGAGGAACGAAAGGCAGGGAAGACCAGGGGGCCACUCCACGGAAUUCCCGUCUUCGUCAAGGACAACAUGGCUACGGCAGACAAGAUGCAAACAACCGGAGGUUCCUGGGUACUGCUGGGUUGUGUCGUGCCCAAAGACGCGCAUAUAGUCCACCUCCUGCGCGAAGCCGGGGCGAUCAUCCUAGGCAAGACCAAUCUCGACGAAUGGGCCGGCAUGAGAGGCAGUAAUUACUCAUUGGGAUAUUCUGCUCGUGGUGGACAGACCCGAAAUCCGUACCUAUUGAACCGUUCUGCGAACGGCAGCAGCUCCGGCAGUGCCGUUGCAGUAUCUGCAAACAUCGUGCCACUGGCGUUCGGCACCGAGACUGAUUGCAGCGUCAUCAGUCCAGGCAUGGUGAAUGGCGUGGUCGCCAUCAAACCGACCGUCGGCCUGACUUCGCGUGGUGGUAUUAUUCCCAUCUCGGAGACUCAAGACUCGAUCGGUCCAUACGGUCGAUGUGUCGCCGAUGCUGCGCGUGGGUUGGACGUGAUUGCCGGUCCAGAUCCCGAAGACAAGUUCUCAACAGUGCCCGAGAGGCGGCAACCAAAAAGCUAUUGCGACUUUCUCACCGAUCGGCAUGCACUUAAGGGCGCCAGAUUUGGUCUGCCCAUGAAGCGGUUCUGGGAUGUUGCGCCUUACCCGCAGAAGCACGUCGCGGAACAGGCACUGAAACUUAUCAGACAGGCUGGAGCAGAAAUCAUCGCUGUCGAUAUGCCUUGUGCAGAUGAGAGACUUGGUACAGAUGGUGUCUGGGACUGGGAACGGUACGGAGAAGAUCGUCCCGAGAUCUCCGAGAUCACCGUCAGCAAAGUCCAGACAUACUAUCUGAUGAACGAGUAUCUGGGCAAACUCAGAAACACCCCCAUCAAGACCCUCGAGGACGUGGUUCGGUACAACGACGAAAACCGCGGGUCAGAGGGUGGUCACGCCGGGGAUCUCCCUGCGUUUCCUGACGGACAGAAACUGUUCCGCAAAUGCGUCGAGACGAAAGGCGUCAAGGACGAAACGUACUACGCGGCGCUCAAGCACAUCCAGACGCAGUGUCGACAGAAUGGGAUUGAUGCCGCGUUACGCAUCCCGAGUGACCACCGGCGUGACGCCAAUCGGGGUGAGUGUGAGCAGGAGCAAGAGGAAGUGGAAGACAUGCUUGACGCCCUCCUCUUCUUCGACAUCAAAGCCGGAGGAAUCCAAAUUGCCGCUCAGGCUGGAUACCCUGUCAUGACGAUCCCGAUCGGCCUGGACCCAGAUGGGAUGCCGCUGCCCUUGACAUUGCAGCACACGGCGUGGCAGGAGGAUAGGCUGAUCAAGUGGGCGAGUGCGAUUGAAGAUCUGCUGCGUGUGCAUAACCUCGAUGACAAAGAGCAGUCAUCACAGGCGCGAAUGGGCAGAGUCCCGCCGACGUUCAAGAAUCAUUUGAGGAAGAAUAUCCCUAUUGAUCAGGACUAUCAAUGGCCUGGGCGGCAUCGGGAUUAGGGGAACUCGAGAGAUUGUAGGUAGGAAGUGGUCGAGACCUUGCUGGGCAGGAUAUCUUUUUGGUCUCAGCCUCUAUGGACUUCUGUGAACGGUGACAAGUCUCCCUCCGGGUUGAGAUACCAAAGGUUCAUGUUUUCGCCUUGAUCACCACCUGACACUGCACCAUUGCCCAUGCUCAUCAAGGCGACUCAGCCUUCACAGUCAAACCGCGGAUGGUGAUUUGUGACAGAGCUGUUGUCUCACAAAACCGGGAUCAUGACGAUUUCCCUAUUGACAUGGGGUCGGGCUUUUAGCCAUUGCUACGCGCAACGUUGUGUGCUUGUGCCAGGUGGUUGGUCAUGGUAACCAUUGCCGUCUUCGUUUCGCUGGAAAACAUCCUUGC